AUGGGAGAUGAAUCUAUUGAAUGCUUGUCUAACGACUCUGGAGAUUCAUGGGAUAUCCUGAGUAAUUCUGAAUCUGAAAUGGGGCGCGAUCCUUCAAGUCAACCGCAAUCAAACUGUCUUAUCGUCUGUGCCAAUUGUGGCGAUUUAUUGUCUGAUGAGUUCCUGCAGUGCUUGUUGUGUAAAAAUUGCUACGUUUGUAUCAAGUGUAAAGCAAAAUCUUUAGCUACAAAGUGCACAGAAGUUGGGGAACAUUCAUUUAUACCAACACUCAGGUUGUUAACAUCUAAAGAUGUAUCUAAUUUAGAAAACUGUGAAUCAGAUAUUCUUAGUUUACCGGAAACCGAUAGCACUCCAUCAGUUCAUGAAGAUUUCACUGAUAUAGACAACUGGAUGAAAAGCAGUUCAAAUACACAGUCACUUACAUUAUCAGAUUUCAAUUCCACUAAAGAAUAUGUCGAAGUUGAGGCUGUUCCAUCUAGUCCUACUAAUGAUGAACAUCAAGAUAAGAAAUGUUCAAAUAAACUGUCACAAGGUGACAGUUCAAUUUUAAAUGUUUUAUUACAAUUUUUACGAAAUAACAAUCAAUCGACAAUAGAACCAAGUUUAUUCGACUCAAAAUUGUUACUGGCAUCAAAUUUAGAAUCAUCUUUUCCAAAAACAUUUCAUCCACAUCAUACAACUGUUCAGAAUGUUUUACUAAAUAUGGAUGAUAGUUCAGCGUUUCAAUCAUGGUUCAAUUUGGGUAGUUCACUGGGGAAUACACGUCGUAAACAAGAAAGUUUAUCUUCUAAUUCUUCUUCAUCAUCAUUAUCAUCUGAACCUAGUCCUGAAAAUAUAUCACAACAUUAUGAUUCCUUUCCGUUAAUAACAACAUCACUUGUUGGUGUAACAAGUGGUCGCUUCACAGUUUCAUCAUCAUCACCACCAUUAACACCAACAACAAUACCAACAGCGUUGAAAAGAGAAUCACUCGUUGGAUCAUCUGGUGAUAAUAGCCCAAAUCGUUCAAGUUCCUCUUCAGAUUUCUCGCCUCAAUCAUCAAUCUGUUCACUUUCAUCUUCACCAUUAGGAGCUGCUACUCAAUUCUUGAAAUCGGUUGUUAAAUAUUCUGCUGCCGCGUUGAACAAUUUCGAUUUAUUGUCAUUAGAUCAAACAGAUGAUAUACCUGUGGAUAAUUGGUCUAAACCUUUUACUUCUACUACUGCUACUACCACUAAUAAUAAUAAUAAUAAUAAUAAUAAUAAUAAUAAUAAUAAUAAUAAUAAUAAUAAUAAUAAUAGACAAAAUAUCCAAUGUAAUAAUUCAUCAAGUAAACAAAAUUGCUCAUUAUCACUGUCAUCAUCAGUAUCAUUAACACCAAGCUAUUUUCCUAAAUCUGUUAAUAUUAAUAAUAGUUGUAAUAUUAAUCAUACUAUUGGUAUAAAUACUGCUGUCAACUCCAUAGAUAACAAUAAUAAACGAACUGUCUGGGAUAAUGAACGUUUACGUGAAAUCAUCACUGCUAAACCAUUACCAUCUACUAUAACUGAAACAUUUGCAUAUAAUUUACGCUAAAUUCAAUUUGUUCUUUAUGAGAGAGAGAGAGAGAACACAACAACAACAGAAUUAUUAUUUAUUUGUUUAUUUAUUUCCUCUUUUCUGUUUAUUAUUUAAACAAAAAUACACAUUUACAUACAUAUAUACAUCUAUGCCUAUUUAUAAUAAAUUCAAUGAACAUUGAUUUACUUACUUACGCUUGUUUACCCCCAUAUGGAGGAGGAGGAGGAGGAGCAUAGGCCGCUCAUCCAACUCGAAACAUUGAUAGGAUUGCAUGAAUUUGUUUGUUUACUAUUCAGUUUAUAUUUUAAUAUACAUUUAAACAUUCAUAGAUACGUAAUGUAUUUAAGUGUUAUAUGUUAUCCAUGUUGUUGGGUUUAUUUCUUGUAAUAUGCAAUUAUUCAUUAUAUGGUUUAUAAAUUCAGCUGUUUGUUACGUAAUAUUCAUCAUGAUGAUGAUGAUAUGUUUAUAGGACAUUCAUAAAUGUUUAUUCCUGUGUACAUUUACUAUAAAAUGUAUCAUACAAAAUUUCUUCUAUGUUGUUACCAUGGAAAGAAUCAAUAUAUAAAAGGAGAUUGUUGCCAAGCGCUGGUGUUACAUAAUACGAAUUAAAAAUUAUUAUUAUUAUUAUUAUCAAUCCAAUAUCUUUCCUAAACUUUAUUUCAUAUCUAUUUAAAAUAACUUUUAAUUAAAUUCAUUUGUUAUUGUAAAAUUAUUAAUAAUUAACAUGAAUGAGAUUUAAUGAAUCAUUCAAACUUUUUUGUUUUGUUUUGGUGUUUAUUCUUUAAAAUAUUUUAUGUCAUAAACUUGAUGUUUAUUGUCCAAGACUUUGUUUAUUUGUUUAUUUGUUUUCCAAGGAAAAAGAAGAACAUUUCCAUUGUAAAUUAUUCCUUCAUGUUGAUUUAAAUCAAGUUUGAAAUGGUUGUUUUCUAUUUGUGAUAAAUUAUUAUUCAUUUUAUAUAUUGUUACAUCUUUGUUAUGUUUACUCGAUAAUAUACAAGAGAGAACUUGUCCUGAAUGCCUUGACACUAUAGGUUAACUAGUUCAACUUUGAGACUAGAAAUACACGUCUAAGUUGAGACUAAUGGCUUUAAGCAGAGAGAUGGAAACUAUUCUGUCAUCUAAUUGGUUAAGAAAAGAACACUACUCGAUUUAUUCCUGAUUAAACCCGAUUUAGAUUAGUGUAUAAAAAUAUAUGAAUAAAGAGAUGACUAGCACAACUAUCACAUACAAACAAUUAGAAAAAUACAUUUAUGUCCAGGGUAAAAAAUUUCUGCAGUACAAAAGAUUACGUUAAAAUUACAAUAGCUUUAGACUAGAAAAGGGUAUGUCAGUGAAUCAUGCAUCAACUGGAAAUUGUGGUUUAGAGAAUCACUAUGGGCAAAACUAAAUGUCAGUAUUGCAUUAAAUUGUUAGUCAUGACUUCUUUAUUUCUCUAUUCAUAUCAAAUAUAUUUCCGUUAUGAAUCGUAACCAUGACAUUUUUUUAGUACAAGGUACAUAGAAUAUAUUCGAAUAAGUGGGGGAAAUCUACAAAAUUGUGUUCCUUCGUUUGUUUGUUAGAUUCAUUUAAUAAGUGAAUUUCGUUAUAUAUUACCACCAAAUAUGUAUUAGGGAAUGAUGGCAAGUCAGUUGAUGAGGUUGUGAAUCUUCAUCGACUGAGAUGGUUGGGCAACGUGUUACAUAUACCUGAACACCGAUUACCACGACGCACAAUGCUGACUAGUGUUGGAGAUGGAAGAAAGUUAGCGGCGGCCAAACUAAAAUGUGGCAUCAGUCCUUGAAGUGACUAACUUCUAGCCUGAGCGAUGUUGGUAGAUGCAUACUACUUGGUUGGGGUCCGCGCCACUAUCAUAACCAAUGGUUGGAGACUGUGGAUGAUAUGGCUGAGAAUCGAUCACAACGGUGUAGGUGUACGCACUCUCUUUCUUCCCUUAAACUGUGAGAUUAAAAUUGCUUCAUACCUUUAUUUCUACAAAUCAAUUCUUUCUUCCUGUAUUAUAUGCUUAUACACAAUCUUUCUUUUAUAUAUUACUAUCAAUGAAGUAACUACUUCUAUGAAUUUGGUGUUCAUUUUGUUGUGUUGAUGAGGUGUGGCAACUUGAAAUGAUGCAUAUAUGUGUCUGGUCCUACACUGUAGCUGAAUGAAUGACAAAUAUGUAUGAAAUAAUAAUUUCUGAAACUCAGUUGUAUCUAGAAGGUUAACAAAAGCCUAGAAAAAUAUUAGGAACGUCUUUGUCUACUUAUUGUUGAUAGAUUUGUAGAAAACUAUUAUCUUGGAUGUUGAGGCCCACUUUGUCUAAUGGGUUAAGUUAGUUGUGCAAUAGGCAGACAUGAUUAGCUCGUUUAUCAUGUUAUUUUUAAUUGGUCCUUCGUUUGAGAUUGUAGCAAGCGAAGGCACCGAAUGAAUAUGAUCAAAUUUUUGUUUAACUCGAAGAUGAGUGAUUUAGUGUUCCCACAACAUAUGAUCGAUUAUUUGGCCGUAUGGGUUAUUGGAUAUCGUCAAUAUCUUUGUAAAUGUACAGUCUUAAAGAUUAUUAAACACCUGACACUUGACUGGAAUCAGUGUGUUUCACGGGUUCUAGAAAUUUUAGUGAUAACAGCCGUGCAUUUUUUUGAAAAGCUGAUUUGUGAACUAUGAGCUAUUAUUUAUUCGCUUUGUACAACCGUUUAGUCUUUUGAUUACAUUGAAGACUUGAUAAUUGGUAGGGCAUAUUGCAUUACCCAAGAGUGCGUUGGUAAUAUAAUUUUGAUCAGUUUAAUAAGUAAGUAAUUGUAUGUACUGUGACUGAUUUGACAACGAGAAAUAGUGUUUAACUCUGCUUGUUCAAUAGCUCUCAUAGAGUAUUCAAAAACUAGGAAUAUUAGAACAAACAAUUUUAUUGUCAAGCUCUACGAUUAUUAUUAAACUUCAAUACUAUUGUCUGUACAUAGAUAACUAUGCUAAAUGUGUGGGAGAGUAAUGCCAAUAAAUACGAGCUAUUGAACAGUUUCAAUAACAUGCGUCCUGCUAUUAGAUUCACCUUUGAAGAGGAAUAAAAGACAACAGUUUUCAUGGUUGUUCUCUAUUUAUGAAGGAUGGAUAGAUCUGUAGAAAAGAACUACUUAAAAGGAAUAGGUAGAUUAGUUAAUAGAUCCACUUUUAUAGCUUUUCAUCUCUUCAGUACAAAUUAAACUUAGUUAAAUAUGUUCUGAGGAUAGUGUCGAUGAAGAAAGGGAUAAAUUAAAAAGUAAAUAACGGUUGUCCAGAUAAUAAUUCAUUAAAAUGUAUGUGUCCAAAUCGAAAAAUGGGGUAAACGUUAACACUGUAAGAAAACCAUAUUCUAAAACUUGAUUUCAAAAGGGGUACUUACAAGAUCGAUUGGAAGAACGUUUAAAUCGGGUAAUUUGAGUGUUACCUAGAUGUGUGUAUACCGGUCUAACUACUAUGGAGCUAGUAACAUAAUUCUUAAAAGGUCUCAUCAUUAUGUGCUCGUGAAAAUGUACUGGGAUAGUUAAAAAAAGGAAUGACGAAAUUUAUUAAUAGGACUACUUUUUCUCACAUGGUAGGUGGUGGACAUCAUAUCAAAAUAGAAGCCACAGAUUUAUAUCAAGCUCCAAAUAAUUUUUCAUAAGGGAGUAAAAGUACACCUCCUUUACAUGGCUGAAGUCAUAGAGAUUAACUCCAGAUAAUCUAACUUAUGUAUUUUAGAGAGAUAUAUUCAACCUUUGUUUACCAUGGCCGACGAUUCGUUUAUUUCUUCUACAUGCCACGGCUAUAUACUUUUACCCCGUAGUUCCAUUUAUGUUUAUUGAUACUCUAUCCCAUUCUUAAUUUGCACAUUCAUGUUUCUCAAUUUAUUUGAGUCUUUUGUCAUCAUUAUCAUACUUACCCUGACAACAUUCUUCGUAUAAUAUUCUUAAUAUUACUAUUAUUAAUUAACCCAAUAUAGCAUUUCUACUAUUACUCUUUUUAUUCACAUACUUUGUUUUAUCAUAUUGAUUGUACUUCUUUUUUAAGUGAUCUUUCAACUUUGCAGAUAAUAUUCGUCACAAAUUGAUCUCACUCGGAGGUAUCAUUAAGGACUAGGAAGCAAUGGAAAGUUGUUAAAUAUUAGUCUGGAACUCCGAGGCAAUGAGCGCUGACAAUCCCAGUAAGGUUAAACGUUCACCAAGAGAUCCAAAUCCCCUGAGUCCGAUACCUGAGUAGUUUGUGAGUGUGCACUGAUUAGGAGUUUUGUAUUGGGAUGAAACCGAUAUCUAGUGUUCCUUGGUUUACAAUGGUGCCUUAACUGAUAUCAAUCUGUGAUGAAAACAGACUACAAGUUAAAUCAAUGUGUACAACCCCCUUCAACUAGAUCUUUCAAGUUUAUGUGUAGUAUAUAUUUGAUAUGUCUAAGCCAUAACCGAUGUAAAAGCUUAUUAUUUUAAUGUAUAAUAUUAUCUAUCUCACGUAUGAUUAUUUUAUUCUUGCCAUUAUGAAACUAAAAUUAUAGAUAUAGGGGUUGUGGAGAUUAUUAAGUUUUUGAUUGAGAUUGAUGUUAGACUACCUCAGUUCAACGGAAGUUGGUCACGCAAUUUUGUGGAUUGGUUGAUGUUAGAAACUAUCACCAUUAGAUGCCGGCUCAGUGGUCCAGUUGGUUAAGUGUUCGCGCACGAGACCGGAGGCCUUGGGUUCGAGUUCCGCGAGCGGGGUCGUGGAUGCGCACUGUUGAGGAGUCCCAUAAUAGUUCGGGACGGCCGUCCAGUGCUUCCAGGUUUCCAGUUGUGGUGGUCUGACAUCAAUCGGUUCAUGGUCUCAAUCAAAAACAUAAAAUUAUAGAUUUAUAGCUGGCCUAAUUAUUUGAAUCCCAUGUAAAUUCUCAAUUUUUUUAAAUGGAAGAUGAAACGAAGUUGAGUUUUGUCUUUUGUAGUCAGGAGUAAUAGGAUUUUAUUCAUUUUGAUAAAUUUAUGUAAGUAGAUGAACCCAGCCAUUAACUUUGUAAUGGUGAAUAUCAAGAAAGAUGUACAGUACGCUAUUUCAUUCUCGAUAAAUAGGUGCUUGAUAUGUUUUGUGUAAGGCAUGUAGCUCUCUCUAUCCCAGUCUUAAGAUUUUAAUGCUUUUAUUCCUAUAACUCACUCUCUUUAAGUGCAAUCCCGUCAAACUUUGUAAUGCAUCAUUAAUAUUGUAGUGAGCAGAACACCCUUGGGGACAAUCGAAUUUAAUUAACACACAACUACAGGACUUGUUAAUAAAAUCUAACAAUCAUAAAGUAAAUACUUAAUUUGCAAAAUGUCCAUCGAUUGUCUCAAAAUGACUCAAACUUGAUUGUUCUUGCAUUUUCAUACAAACUGCAUUCUGUUUUCAUUCUUUACUGUUCGAUCCUCUCGUCUGUGCUGCCAGACCUUCUGUUCAUGAGUAACGUCACAUACUACUUAUGUCAAUAUAAGUAGCACACACCACAUUAUUAUUAUCUAAUGUUGCAAAUUAUUAGUUCUAGUGUUAAUUAAAUCCAUAAAAUCUAGUUAAUUGUACAUAUGACCUCCCCAAAACGUUGAUAGGUAUGGUUUUCCAUUGAUUGUUUUCAGUUAAAGGGAGAUGAUAUGUAGUUAGAGUUCGAGUGUAGGACUGAUUAUAUCAUAUUCAUAGUUAAUUCUAAACAUUCAUGAUUUUUGAAGUUAAAUAUAAUAAGUAAUAGACACUGAAUUAAGUAAGUUAUCUUGUAAAAGUUUCUUGAAGCAUAAUCAAUUAAUGAAAUGAAGCCGUAUAUAACUCUGGAUAAUCGAAUUGACUAACGUCUGUGAUGAUGAUAAUGAUGAACUGUUGCAAUUCUGAAACAAUGAAAAAUUUCAUUCAUUUCGCUGCUUUAUUUGAAUUUUCUACUCAUGAACUACCAGAGAAUUUAGCUGAAAUGAUUAACAUUGAAAUAAUCAGUUGAAAUAGUGAGAAUAUUUAUUCAAUUAGAAAUUUUCUAUAAUUUUACAUGAUAUGGAAUCAAUAGAGUAAUUACAGAUUAUAGAUCAAGAUCAGGAAAUUGUUUAAUAACAUGAGGUGAAGGUUAUGUAAACUGAAUAUGAAAAGGUUACCUUGGAAAUCUUUAUAAAUUAGUGUAUAUACAUAUAUAUUAUCUUAAGUAAAGAAGGCAACUUUUAUGACUAGUGAUCGAUAGGGAGUUUAUUUUUACAAUUAUAAUAUGUUUUAGGACAACCUCUGUGAAAAUAUAAACUUUGCCGCAUGUACCAUGAAUUUGGUAACCGGUUACUAUCACCAAUCCUCAGAAAAAAAGUGUGAAUAAAAGUUGAAUACAUAAACAUAUUUCUUGUAUUCAAUAAUAGAGUUAGUUGAUUAAGUAUUAUCCGAUGUAUGUCAGGUUAAUGAACGAAAAUUUGUCCUGUAUACAUAGAGGCAGUUUCAUGAUAGAUGGUUCUUAAUUGAACAAAUAUUACGACUUAGUUAUAUGUUUCAUACGACUUUAAUAGACUUCAACAAUACAGUUUCAUAAUCUAGAACAAGAUUAAACUAUGAACCUUUUGUUCAUUUAUCUAACUACUAAAUAUUAAAAGUAAUGAGUUGAUGUUGGUGUAAAACAUAUUCAGUCGCAUUUAGGCCAUUAUACAGUGUUAUUAAAAAUAUCUUCUACUAAUGAGUUAGUUAUGCUUAUUGGAUAGUACUUGUUAUGAGACAAUACUAUCAACCAGAAUCGAAUCGUUGACAUAAUAAUAAAUGAAAGAGGUAAACAGUGUGUGAACACAAUUCAAAUACACUUCACCCAAACUUGUACUUAGUCUCAAAUAACUCUCGACUCAGUUCUUUACUGUCGGAGAGACCAGAGAAAUAAAAAGAUGUAUUUUUCUCAUCAAUCAACAAUGAUACGAAGAAAAAUAUGCAAGUAUUUAUAGAAAUUUUAGGAUAUACUUUUGAGAACCACCUUCUCAGGAAGCAAGUUUUAAGAAAUCUAAUUCAGUACUACCAGGGUGUUUUCGGAAUUCAAACUCAUGAUCAUUAAAAAAAGAUCCACUUUUUGACGAAUUUAGAUUGAAUUUUAGGCAACUAAUACUUUGACUAUACAGUUUACAUAAAACCUCAUCAUUGAUUUCGUAUCAAGAGUUAAUCUAUUUCAGCCAUAAUAUAUACAUCGACAUCAUCAUAGACGAAGUUAUAUAACAUUAGAUAUCACACAUAUUAGCAUAUAGUAAGUGUAGAAGUUGAGAAUGAAAUGUAACCAAACAAAUGUCAUACAGUAGUUUGUAUUAUAACAAAUUAUUAGGGUUGGACUAUUUAUUGAUUGUUUUAGGUAAAAUUCCGGUUGACAUUAGUGAAUAAGCUGAUUUUGUCAUUUGGUUAAGUGGAUUAUACAAAGAUUUUAUUGCAUGACUAGAACGUAAACUGUAACAUCUAGUUUUGUUAAUUAUUUUGUUUAUUUAAGGUGUAUCUGUGACGAUAUGAAAGCUGAAUUUAUUGUAUAAAGUUCUAUGUUAAAAUUAAUAAUGAUUUUACAAGUGAUGAUUUGUUGUAAGAGUAUAUGACAUGAACAAUCAAAUCAUCAAUCUAGGCAAUAUAUACUAAUUAUAAGCAAAGAUGGAUAGUGGUUAGCAAUGGAAUCCAGGAUACGCGUUUCAUCCUAUUUGGAACUCGUCAGCUGAAUGUACCUGCAUCUCAGAGUUGAUGUUCACACUGGGACUCGACCCCUGUAACGUUCACUUCAAACGCCAUCAUGUUAUCUACUUAGCUACUGAGUCCUGAUAGAUACUUGCUUGUGAAAUGGGGUGAAAUUUAAAUUCACUUGGUAUGGUUUACUUGAAUUUUCCCAUUGAUGUUUAGGAGUAUAAUUGAUCAGUUUCAUAUUAGCACAUGUGCAUCCUAUGCAUGUUGCCUCGAUAUAUAUACUAAUGUCAAUCAAAUAUUCACUUACCUCUUUGUGAAUACAUAAUGUAACAAUAUGUGACAUGGUUACAUGGAAGAUUUGACAUGAAUACCAUAGUUUUACUAUUCACUUCACCGUCUUACCUAGGUAAAACAAAUCGAUUGUUAUAAAUAAAGUGUACGUGUAUUUCUGAAAUUCUCUAAUAAAACUUCUUUCUGAUAUAAAUAUUAUUGUACUGGACGAGAACACAAGUGGGGACAAUCGAAUGUGUUUGAACACGAAAUUACAGAAAAUCUUAGUAAAAUCUGAGAACUAUGCAGUAAAUACUCAAUUUGAAAUAUAUCAAUCCAUUGUCUCAAAUCCGACUGUUCCUUUUGCAAAUAUCAGUGAGUCGUCUCACACUCCAUUGUUCCUCCAUUUUCAUACCAAUUACUUUCUGUUCUCGUUCUCUUUCCUCUUCGAUCUUCUUGAUCUUCUGCUAUCAGACAUUCUAUUCGUGACUAGCGUAAUAUACUACUUAUGUCAAUAUAAGUAGCACAUAGCAAUUUCUAACUUAUUCUAUAACACUUAUAAAGUCAAUAUGCAUGAAGAUUAAAGAAUCCACAUUGAACAAUAUGAGAACCAAAUGAAUAAACAUUAAAUGGAAUCAUAUUUUAUAAAUUAAAAAACAAACAAACAGUCCAUUAACUUAUUUUGUUCAACAAUAAUUUAUCAUUUUUAGAAUGAAAAAUGAAAUCCCAUAGAGCAAAGUAAUUGCGCUUUCGUUGGAAACGACAAAAAAGAGGGGAAGGAAAUAAUAGAAUUCCAAUCCAAAAAUGUCAUAUACACUUACAAUGGUAAAUAAGGUUACCCUUGUUUUUUAUAAUUUCGAAUAUAAAUUGUGAAUGUUGU